CCGCGUCCCGCGCGGCACCCCCGGCUCCCCCGAGGGCCCCAGAGGGCCCCAGACCAUCGGCCGGCGAGGAAGGCGACAAGUGGCAAACUGCGUACCACCGGACCGAGUGAACGGAGUGAACAGACAGACGACGCCGAGCCACAUCUAGUCGUGGAUGCAAGAUGGACAUCGACAAGGCCCUCGAGAAGACCAUCGGCCGCAAAUGGGGCCGCUACCAGAGCAUCACCUUCCCGCUCAUCUCGGUGCCGUACAUCUUCCAAGCCCUCUUCUACCUAUCCUACGUGUUCACCACGAUGCGCUCCGAGCACAGGUGCUACGUGCCCGAGUGCGAGACCCUGGACUCGACGGACAUGGAGCCCGCGUGGCUGCGGGCCGCCAUCCCGACCCUGGACAACAAGACUGACCCCUGCCGGCGGUUCGUCCCUAUCAUGCGCACCGGCACGGCGGCGUCCGCGGCGGUCGGCAGGGGACCAAAGCACUUGGGGGACGCGUGCACAGUGGCCUUCAGCAAUGAGACGGAGGAGUGCACGCAGUACAUGUACCCCAACAGGGAUCUGUCCAUCAUGACUGAGUGGGACUUGACGUCCUGCGCGGUGGACAACGCGUGGCGCCUCACCCUGGUGGGCACGCUCAACAACUUCGGCCGCAUCAUCGGCGUGCCCUUGUCGGGCUGCUUCUCGGACAAGUUCGGCCGGCGCACGCUCAUGCUGGCCGGGCUCAGCGUGGCGGGCAUCGUCGGCGUCAUCAUGUCCUUCUCGCCCAACUACUACAUGUACACCGUGCUCGAGUUCUUCAACCCCAUGUUCUACGACGGCGUCGCGGGCGCGGCGUUCAUCAUGGGGAUGGAGCUGCUGCCCCCGAGGAUGCGUGGAGGCUGGAGCGCGUACAGCCACGUCAUCUGGGGCAUCGGGCUGGCGGGGCUGGGCGGCCUGGCCUGGGCCAUGCCCUACUGGCGGUGGCUGCUGCGCGUCAGCUACCUCCUCGCCCUGGCCAGCCUCUCCUUCCUCUGGCUCAUCCCCGAGUCGCUGCACUGGCUGGUGGCGCACGGCCGGUCCGAGGAGGCCUGCCAGAUGAUCCGCAAGGCGGCGCGCACCAACCGCCACGCGUCCGCCGAGCUGCAGCUGGACAAGCUGGAGCGCGAGCAGCUGGAGCAGGUGGAGAAGCGCGCCAAGGCCGUGGCGGAGGGCGGCGCCGACGAGCCCGUCAACAGGGCCUUCUCCGCGGAGCUCAAGGAGCUGCUGCGGACGCGCAUCCUGGUCUUCAGGCUCAUCAACUGCUGCAUCUGCUGGAUCGUGAACCUGUUCGUGUACGAGGGACUGUCCAUCUACUCGGUGUCCAUGUCGGGCGACCGGUACCUCAACUUCGUGCUGGUGGUGCUAGUGGAGAUCCCCGGCGCGCUGCUGGCUUGGCGGACCAUGAACAGGUUCGGGCGCCGCAUCACGCUGUGCGUGUUCCUGCUGCUCACGUCCGUGUGCUGCUUCACGUACCACUUCCUGCCCGAGGGGGGCUCGCCCUGGCCGCACACCAUGGUCGUGAUGCUGGCCAAGCUGAGCGUCACCGUGUCCUUCACCGUCAUCUACGUGGUGGCCGCCGAGAUGUUCCCCACCAAGGUGCGGCACUCGCUGUACGCCUUCACGUCCACGCUGGGCCACUUGGGCUCCAUGCUGGCGCCGCAGACGCCGCUCCUGGCGCGCUACAUGCACUCCCUGCCCAUGCUGGUGUUCGGCUGCGCCACGCUGGCCAACAGCGUGCUGGCCGUCUGCUUCCCCGAGACGAGCAACACGAGCCUCCCGGACACGGUGGAGGACGCGGCCGCGCUGGGCACGGAGCAGGCCAAGGUGUCCGUGCCAGACGGGGACGAGGAGGAGGCGACGCCAGGGAGCUAGGGCGUAGGCCGCGUAGGCCGCGUAGGCAGGGUGGAGACGAGGACGAGGACAACGUCGAGCCGGAGAGCUAAAAUGCCAACUCAAUCAUCGGGCAGCCCGAGAGGUUUGUUCCAAGAAACGCCACCGAACACUUUUACGUACCACUGUACAACUGUGACAUUAAAACACAUCCUUUAUAAUA